ACCUUGGUCUCGGUAGCGUUACACCGACCGUGUGGAAACCUAUACGCUACGUGGGCACCCGGGCAACCUACAUCACCGUGUGCCACUCCAUCCAUCGGCAUCUCGGAGUGUGUGCGUUACGUUCAUUGCCACGAAAGAUGGACCCACACACCGGACUAACGCAGACUCCGUUUCAGCGUUGCGCAUAUGGGCGGGUACCAGUUCACAGGUGCAUUACGUCACCUUUGCGAUUAGCAAGGAACUGCGUAUGUUCACAACACUAUUCGAGGAAGGUCGCCAGCUGUAAGAUUCCGGAGAAUAUCAUGGAGAGGCCGAGUACGCAGAUAUGUACAUACUUAGAGACGAGUUAGGCGAAGGUCAAGGGACUGUCAUCAUUUGCACUGGAAUACCAAGUAUGGAUAGUAGUUUCGUGUGUCGUCUUGUUUCGAAACUAUACAACCCACCUUCACCUCAUCUUCUACGUCGUCAUGCUGUACCCAGUAUUCACUGGAAAUCGACAUCGCCUAAUGUUGCCUUGGCUGUACCUCCAGAUGAUGAAGAACAUCGUUGCGGAUAUAAUUUGUACAAUUGCUGGUCUGUUGCUUUGUUGGAUAUUGCACUCGUGCGGGUUAUUGGCUGUGGAGUUUCUCAUUGUUCGGAUAAUAUCGAUGAUGCCUUCAAUAUACUUAUGGCGUCGGCUGAGAUCUUACUACUUUGA